AUGGCGUGCGAGAAAGAGAACAUCAUGGUCGACCUCCGCACGGCGCAGCGCAGGAUACAGGAGCUGGUGCUGCAGACAGAUGCGUGCGAGAAAGAGAACAUCAUGGUCGACCUCCGCACGGCGCAGCGCAGGAUACAGGAGCUGGUGCUGCAGCUCGACGAAGUCAGAAAGAUCAACCCAGACGUGUUCUGGACAGCGACCACCAGUAGGAACCCUCAGCCUACCGCACCUUCUGCUCCGUCAUCGAGGCAGGCUGGCUCCAGGCCUACCAGUAGUACUAGUAGACCUGGUACCACUGGCAGACCGGCUGGUAGCGCCGGCACUACUAGACCGGCUGGAAAUGGCGCUACUAAGAAGACGGGCAUCAAGAAGAAGAAAAUCUCAGAAGAAGAAAGCAUGGAGAUGGAUAAAGAAGGAACGCCGCCGCCGCUGCGUUUCGACUGCCCAGUGUGCGACAAGCCUUUCAAGACUCUUGUCUUGUUACAACAACACGUCGACAGUUGCUUAUUGUAGGGGCGUUUACCCUAAACAGGCCAACUGUUGUAGCUGACACUAUUAACCAAUUAUUUAUUUAUUUAUUUAAACUUGAAUGCCAUAUAAAUUGGCUUAUUAGACGGACUUAACGACGUAGGACAUUCUGUACCAGUUAAAAAAGAAAUCUAUUCAAUUCCAAAAGAUAUAAGGUUCAUUUUAGUAUGUUGUUUUAAACUUUCAUGGUCACUAACAAAAUUAUUAUUACUGACGGGAUUGCUACCAUGUACCUUAAUUUUGAGUUUCCGAUAUUUCGGCACUGUUGCAAGCGCCAUGGUCACGGAGUAACUGAAGAAUUUUGCGAGUUAUGGGCAGACAUAUCGGUCUACCCUCUUUCGCAGUCUUUUAUUACGAUUGCCUCUCGUAUCAUUGUUCUCCAACUCACUAUUUUCUCGCAACUGUUCUCGACACACAACACUUACAGUAUUCGACCGCGGAACUACACUUUGUUUAAUUUUCCGGUGUUUGCACAUUCGAAUCACUGGGUUCCAGACAUUUGACAAUUAAAAACCUAUUCUCACGAUUGAAAUGUUUGUACUUUGUAAUUUAAAUCGCUUCAUUUUAGGUCUACAAACUAAGUCAUUCAAUAGUCAUUCUCAUUACAUAACUGGUUUACAUUAUUAGUUUGUAGUAUUUUCGCUUACUAGUUGGCGCCACUGUCAAGUAAUAGUUUAAGUAAGCCACUGUAGUGGCGCAGUGGCGCACAUCUUUUUUAAAAUUCAAUGAAAAACUAUCAUUCAUCCUUUACAUUAAUAAUAUCAUCAUUUGAAUAUGAUUAGAUGUAUGUAAUGCUCCUUUGUGGUUUUAGGUUUUUUAAUAAUUUAUUUAUGAAUCAUAAUUAUUUACUUAGUACAAAAAUAUAUGUAGUGAAAGAUACGCUUAUUUAGCAUUUACAACUUACGUAUUUAUUUAUUUAUUGUUUUAGCUUACUGAUAUGCAUUUUAUUUAUAUUGUAGUAUUUUUAAGAAGCUUAUAAAUAUUGUAUGUAUUAUUUAUUACACACAUUUUCAGGCAAUUCCAGUUUAUAUUAUUUACUUAAAAUUAUUACACAAUUUAUUACAGUUCACACAUACUUACGAUAUUU